AGGGGCUGCGCCUGUCCGGUGAGCGAGGCGGGAGCGCAGGUGGCUUUUCAAGGGAGCGCAGCGCAGAGGAGGGCAUGGCGGCGCUGAAGUUUGCCGGGCUGGACGACACGGACAGCGAGGAGGAGCUGCCGCCCGGCUGGGAGGAGCGCACCACCAAGGACGGUUGGGUCUACUACGCCAAUCAUUUGGAGGAGAGAACUCAAUGGGAUCAUCCAAAAUCUGGGAAACGGAAAAGAGUCGCUGGAGACUUACCGUAUGGAUGGGAACAGGAGACAGAUGAAAAUGGACAAGUCUAUUUUGUGGACCAUAUAAACAAGAGGACCACAUACCUUGAUCCCAGAAUGGCAUUCACCGUGGAAGAUAAUCCCAUGAAAACCAACACGAAGCAGAAAUAUGAUGGCAACACCACAGCAAUGGAAAUAUUAGAAGGCCGAGAUUUGAGUGGCAAGGUGAUCAUAAUCACAGGAGCAAAUGCAGGAAUAGGUAGAGAAUGCAAAUCAUUUUCAGUGCACAAAAAACACCACCUCCUUCCUUGUAGGAAAAUGUACAGAGCAAUUCAGAAGAUCGAAAGAACAGAAAAAGAGUGGCACAAAGCCAAGGUAGAAGCAAUCACCUUGGAUCUUGCGUCUCUUCAAAGUGUAUGGGAAUUUGCUGAAACCUUCAAAUCCAAGAAUCUAGCUCUCCAUGUGCUAGUCUGCAAUGCUGCUGUUUUAGGUCUUCCUUGGCAAUUAACUGAAGAUGGCCUGGAAAGGACUUUCCAGGUGAAUCAUUUGGGACACUUUUAUCUCAUUCAGCUCCUCAAAGAUGUUCUUUGCCGCUCAGCUCCCGCAAGAAUCGUGAUCGUUUCUUCUGAAUCACACAGGUUCACGGAUAUUAAAGAGAACUCGGGAAAACUUGACUUCAACUUGCUUUCACCAUCGAAGAAAGAUUAUUGGUCUAUGUUGGCCUACAAUAGAUCUAAGCUUUGCAAUAUUCUUCUAUCAAGUGAACUGAAUCGCCGGCUUUCCCCCCAUGGAGUUACCUCAAAUGCACUGCAUCCUGGAAAUAUGAUCUACUCAUCCCUUCAUCACAAUUGGUGGUUGUACACCCUCCUGUUUACACUGGCUCGGCCUUUCACCAAGUCACUGCAACAAGGAGCAGCCACUACUGUCUACUGUGCUGUGGCGGCAGAACUGGAAGGCCUGGGAGGGAUGUAUUUCAACAACUGCUGUCGCUGCGUGCCAUCGCAACAGGCACAGAACGGAACGGAUGCGGCUGCCUUGUGGGAACUCAGCGAGAAGCUGAUUGAGGAAAGAAUUGGCAGGCAGGGCAAGUAAGGAGGAGAAAGACCAGCACAUGCAGAGGAUAGAGAGAUAUAUACUGUCAGACAGAGAGGAGGGUGGGGUGGGGUGGGGUGAAGUUGUUGGGGAGGUGGAGAGAAAGAAACGUGCCAAUAUUGGAACUCUUCCAAUCCUAUCAACUAGAAGCUUAGAGCUGCAAAUUAGUUAGCGUUAAACGAAAUGGUAGCAAUCAUGAGCAGCAGAAAAACAGACCGGGAGGGAAAUACGAAUGGCACAGGGCUAAUGGAGAGCGUAAUUUUGCUAGGUUUAAUUCUCUCAGCUUUGCUUCCUAUGAUUAGUGUCUGAACUAUUUUUUUUAAAGAUAGAGAUAAGCUUAAUUCUCUUAGCUUUGUUUCCCAUGAUUACAGUCUGAACUGAUUAAGGAAAAAAAAAAAGAUAGAGAAGGAAAUAUCCAACAGAGGCCCUAGAAAAAGUCAGAGAAUAAUUCUGUAAGCAUUUUUGGAAGGAAAAAAAGAAAAGAAAUGGAAGCUGAAUUGCACAUUACAAUUUUGUAAGCAUAAUGCUACUCCCCACUCCGUGCUUUAUUUUUUUUGUUUUCAGUGCACAACUAGGAAAAUAAAGUGUGAAGUGCCUGGCAGUAUGUUUUAAAACAGGUACACACACUAGGGAUAUCCCAGCUCCCUGCUAUAGUGGAUGUUUGGUAGCAGGACUAAAAAAAAAUACUUUUCUGCAAUGGGUUAAAUUGGCCCUGGAGAAGUUUGAUUUCUAUACUGUACUUGCUUGGAAAAAUGAAACACACAUAAGACUUAAAUAACCCCCUUGGAAUUUCAGUUUGUUAUUUGGAUUCUCCUCUCUAAGGAGAAUAGCCCAUGGCUGGUUUUGCUUUCUGCACUUAAAUGUUCAGUAAAACAAUCCCAAGUAUUAAAUAAUCGAAAAGUCUUCUUGAUAGCAAAUGAAAACCACUUUGCCUCAAAGGAGAAGAUUCUCAAAGUCCAGGUUACACCCAUUCUAGUUAAAUAUAUAUAGUACAAUAUCCAUAAAAUAUGAUAUUAAAAGUUACAUUUGCAAACCAUUCUCUAAAUACUGCAGGGUGAACUCGUUUCUUUACAAACACAUAGGGUGUAAGUAGCCAGAGGGAUUAAAAAUUGAGAAUUUUAAGGAAAGUUGGAUGUACAUCAAAUAUCAUCACCAGUGGCCCAGUUCACUCAGCACUAUGUUCAUUCGGUUUUUCUUUUCUUUUCUUUUUUUUCAGUUUAAAUGUAAUAAAAGAACAUGCUUGAGUACUGUCACCUGAAGAGAAAUAGUUCCUGUGAAUGUCUUAGUUCCUUUUGUUUAUUUUUGUUUAUUUUUUAAGAAAAGAAAACUUGAGGAAAAAUAAAGAAUUCUUCGACACCAUGAAAAUUCACUUUUUUUUCCCCCUUGUUCUAUCCCGAGUUCAUUUGUUUGUAGGUUUUUAUUUUAUUUUUCCCCCAUUGUUUUGUGCUUUGUAGCUUUACUCUUCAUGCCAGAAAAUUGUUGUCAGCCAUCUGCAAACCGGCAUCGUGUUAUCUGCAAUAAAGAAACAAAUAAAAAAAUGGUUAAUUCUACAUUGGGAUUAGUAUGUUCUUACUGACAUUUUUUCGUUGCGUUGGUUGGUUUGACCUUUUACUUCUUCCAAGGCUGUGUUCUCUUUGCCCUUGACAGGCUGGGAAGAAGAAAAGUGAGUAACAAUCGUUUUCUUAAUGAACAUAAUCAUUAAGAAAUUCAGGGCUCUUGAUUGCUCCAGGGGAAGAGUUGAAUCUAGUCCAAGGAACCAAUUUUGUCUCUCUAGAUUUAACUUAAGGACCAAGUGUUAUCAGAAGCUUUAAGAAAAUACUAUAAGCACACAUUCCUGAUGGCAUUUACAAUACAUUACAUACAU